AUGAAAUCAAUCAUUAUCACUGCAAUUGUUUUUCUUCAUUGCGCUACCUUUAAUGAAGCUCUUCAAUGUUAUUCACACGAUACUUGUACGACCAAUUGCCCUCAAUUGAGUGACGCAGUUAGAACGUGCGCAAACGAUGAUAACCGAUGCUAUAAGCUCGCAUUUCCCGGCGGUGUUAGUCGUGGCUGUGUUAGAGAUCGAUGCAGUGCUCAAAUCAAUGGACAUUUCAUGAUGGCAAAUAUAUGCUGCGAAAAAGAUCUAUGCAAUUCAGCAACAACACCAAAAAUGACACUUAGUGGACUUUUUAUACUCAUCGCUGUUUUAGUUUUUUCUCGCAUUUAA